UUUAGAAUUUUGGCGCUUGAAAAGUUUAUAUUUCUAGAAUUGGAAUUAAAUUUAGAAACGAAAAGCCAGAGACUCAAUUCAAUUCAUUUAUUCCCUCGCAACAAUGCAUCGUGUUUUGCUGGGCUCAAGAUUGAGCCCAAAUUCGGCCCGAAAUUGGCGAAAAAUCGGCCGAAAUGCAGAGUGAGAAGAAUUCCUCCAGUCAGGGCAGCUCGAAAGCCAGUCAGACUCGCCGCCGGAAAAGGGGAGGGAGAUAUUUGUUGCAUGCCCUCUGGUCACCAUUCUGCCAGCUCAGCAGCUUAGCUCGGCAGCGGCGGCCGCUGUUGCCGCCGCUGCCGGGGUGUGGCCUCCGGUCUCUGUCGACGACAUGCCUCAUAAAGCUUUAGACCAGCAAGGGAAGAAAUUGUCUCCAGCAUCAUCGCCAGGCUACAGUGCGUGGUGUCCUUGUCAUAGUGGUGUGAACCAGCUAGGGGGUGUUUUUGUCGGCGGCCGACCCUUGCCUGAUUCCACGAGACAGAAAAUCGUCGAGCUCGCACACUCUGGAGCGCGGCCGUGUGAUAUUUCCAGGAUUCUGCAGGUCUCGAAUGGCUGUGUCUCCAAAAUUCUAGGCCGUUACUACGAGACGGGUUCGAUUCGUCCCCGAGCGAUCGGCGGGUCGAAGCCGCGCGUGGCCACGGCCGAAGUGGUGGCGAAAAUCGCUCAGUACAAGCGCGAGUGCCCUUCGAUCUUCGCGUGGGAAAUCAGGGACCGCCUGCUGCAGGAGGGCGUCUGUUCCAACGACAACAUCCCGAGCGUUUCAUCAAUCAACCGGGUACUGAGAAACUUAGCAGCACAAAAAGAGCAGCAGCAGCAACAUCAGCACCAACAACAAAGUCCAGUCCAAGCGGACACGGUGUACGACAAGUUAAGACUUCUCAACGGCCAAGCAGCUGCGGCCGCCGCCGGGUGGACAAGACCUACCCCUUGGUAUCCAACCACUGCAACAAGUCCGUUUUCAAGUGUACAAGCUAGUCCCAGUCCUGGGCACAACGGAGGAUGCACCAUCCUUCCAGACCACGAUCUAGGACCAAAGAAAGUGACAGAUUUGGACGCUGUCCCCUCUGACGAGACCAACUCGGUUGGCGACAACUCGAACGGGCCCGACUCUCCCGGAGGAUGCACCGACGAUGACCAGGCACGUCUGCGGCUCAAGAGGAAAUUGCAGAGGAACAGGACCUCCUUCACUAACGAGCAGAUUGAGAGUCUGGAGAAAGAAUUUGAACGAACGCACUACCCAGAUGUUUUUGCCCGCGAAAGGCUGGCGGCAAAAAUUGGACUUCCAGAAGCUCGAAUACAGGCAAGCUGGGUAGACAGGGUAGUUUGUGACCAGUGGUGGGCUAACGAGAGUGCGUGUGGUCAGCAGGUUUGGUUCAGCAACCGCAGAGCAAAGUGGCGGCGCGAGGAGAAGCUGCGCAACCAGCGCAGGGGCGGCGCGGCCCCUCCGCCCGAGCAACACGCGCCCUCGCACCUGCACCAGGGUGGCAGCGGCGGCGCCUCGCCCACCAGGGGCCUCGUCAACGGCACCACCAGCUUCUCCAACAGCCCCAUGUACCCUUCCAUCCCCCCGCCUCCGUCGAUGACCAUGGCCGAUACUUACAAUGGUCCGAUGACCCCAAUGCCGAGCUUCAGCAUGGCCAACCAGGGCGCCAGCAUGGGCCACGUGCCGCCCGCCUCCUGUCUGCAGCAGCGUGACCCGACCUACGCCUGCAUGACGCGACCUUCACACUACGGUGACCCUCUGGGCCUCGGUCCUUACGGCAGGCCGUCGCCCUGCAGCCCUUCGCAAGCCUAUCAGGGCAUGAACGGCCAGUACGGCACAAAUGGCUCCUCUUCAACAGGUAAACUGGGUUUGAUUUCUCCAGGCGUUUCUGUUCCGAUCGCCGUUCCCGGUCAGCCCGGAGACAUGACCAGUCAGUACUGGCCGCGGCUCCAGUGACAGUGGUGGGCCUGAGACUCGUUGUGCCCCAUGGCCGAGCAGAGCAGCGCCCUGAGCGCCGCCGACUCGUCGCCUGGGGCCACUUCGUCAGCGAGCAACCUGGCCAGCAACGACGCAAACAGCAACGAGCAACAUUACUCGGAAGUGCAGCAGUGGCAGCCGCCGCCGCUCGGACCACCACCCAUCGAGCCGCCGGAACCUGAGACUGCCUGAUCAACUCGAAAAUCGGACUCGAACUAGUUUUUAAUUACUAUGUGAAGCACUGUGUUGUAUGAUAUACUUACAAUUAGGAUUAUCAUUAUUAUCAUCGAUUUCACUCGUGUCAGCCGAGGAAGAUCAAAGUUUAUCUCCGGAUUAAGUUGAAUUAAUUAAAUAUUUUGUCAAGCCCUUGACUUUCAAGCAAUAUUGAGAAGGGUCGCAUAAAUUUUUUUGUAAAUGAAAAGUGGCAUUUUAUCAAAAAUUGAGCCAUAGUUUAUUAUUAUUUUGAAAAAGUAAAGUUAGUGCAUUAUAUAGAUUUAUCGAAGACUAUCUACCAUACCAAAAUCAUUUAUAUGGGAAGAGAAAAUAAGAAACACUGUACUUAAUUAUUAUGACAUAUGAAAUGAUCUCUCAUUAUGGAAAAAUGUUUGUGUUUUCCAAUGGAAAUCAGCAUUUUAAGCUGAGAAAUUAAUUAUUAUUAUUAUUGUACACAAGAGGUAAAUAAUUAAGGCAUGAGGAUUGUGAGCUGGAAAAAUGUGGAUUCUCCAAUUUGUAAAAAUGUGCUUGAAUGUGAAUCACUUCAAUUUGUAAAUAUGCAGCACUCCAGUAUCAGAAUAAAGAGCAGCCCAUACCUUCAUCUGGUGUUACUUAAAUUUUGAUUUUAC